GCUUAACCAUGCCUGAUCAUGUCCGACUAGAUACAAACAGUAGUAUAAAGCUGUCAGACGGGUACUGACGUGUACUCACUCUUUUCUUCCAAGCCAGGAUAAAAUAAUCGAGAAAUUGUUUUGUCGCUACGAGUUUACCUGCGUACUAUUAAAUACGAUACAAAUUCUUGGAAUCCGAGUUUUUGUUUUAAUAAUAGUGGCUGCGACGAACAAUGCACUUGGCAGUUCUCUUAAACACGAUAAUCGUUCUCUUGCUCUCCGUGCAAUCGGUGAGACCCUGGCACGCCAAAACGAAACAGAUAUCGCCUGUUAUUUUAGUUCCAGGUGAUGGCGGCAGUCAAGUCGAGGCAAAGAUUAAUAAGUCAUCGGUAGUGCAUUAUAUUUGCCAGAAAGUAUCUGAGGAUUAUUUUAGCUUAUGGCUGAAUAUGGAGCUGCUUGUACCCUACGUGAUAGAUUGCUUUAUUGAUAAUCUAAAAUUAAGUUAUGACAAUGUAACGAGAACUACAAGCAAUCAACCUGGAGUAGAGAUAAGAAUACCAGGGUGGGGUGAUCCGUUUGUAGUUGAAUAUAUAGAUCCCAGUAAAGCUUCGCCAGGCUCAUACUUCAAGGAUAUUGGAAAUAUGUUGGUGAAUGAUUUAGGAUAUGUUAGGAACUUAUCACUGCGUGGUGCACCAUAUGAUUUCAGAAAAGGACCUAGCGAAAACGAAGAAUUCUUUAUUAAGCUGAAAACUCUGGUGGAGGAAAUGUAUAUAAUGAAUAAUAAUACACCAGUAACACUACUGGCUCAUAGUAUGGGUGGACCUAUGACUCUUAUAAUGUUGCAACGUCAGAGUCAGAAGUGGAAAGAUAAAUACGUAAAUGCUCUAAUCACGCUUAGCGCUGUAUGGGCAGGAUCUGUUAAGGCUAUUAAAGUAUUUGCAAUUGGAGAUGAUUUAGGUGCAUAUUUUCUUAGACCAAGUGUAUUAAGAAAUGAACAGAUAACAAGUCCAAGUUUAGGAUGGCUGUUACCCUCAAAAUUGUUUUGGAAGGAUACAGAAAUUUUGGUACAAUCAGAUGUAAAAAAUUACACAUUGAAUAAUUUACAACAAUAUUUUAUAGACAUAGGCAUUCCUAAUGCUUGGGAGUUUAGAAAAGACAACGAGAAAUAUCAAUUGGAUUUUACAGCACCAGGCGUUGAAGUGCAUUGUUUAUAUGGCAGCAAUGUGGACACUGUAGAAAAGUUGCUCUAUAAUGGAAAAGAUUUAAAUAGUUCUCCUCAAUUAGUUUCUGGAAAUGGAGAUGGAACUGUAAAUAUAAGAAGUUUGGAAGCAUGUGCACAUUGGCAACAAUCACAAAAACAAAAAAUUUAUUAUCAAGGUUUUCCUGGAGUGGAUCAUACUAACAUCCUAAAAAAUAGUAGCAUUUUAGCAUAUAUCAAGACAAUUUUAAAACGUGACGUGAAUGUAAAUGAUUUUUAUUGAUAUCUUUGAGAUAAAAAUCCAACAGAUUAGAUAAUAUUGUUAAGCAUUCUUAACAUUUUUUUAUUUAAUGGGCUUGAUAUAAAUUAAUCUGAAAAAAUGCAAUAUAAAAAUAAGACUAAAAAUUUCAAGGAAUUAAAAAUUGCGGUGAAAGAAGUUUUUGCUUGCUAAGAAAAAUAAUUUUAUCUACAUUUUUAAUAAUUUAUUAAUCAAGAGAUACAACAUUUUAAUUAAAAAUAUAUU